GGGAACUGUUGGGACGCGAGCUGGCGCCAAAUUUUAGAACUUUCCGCCGUCAGCGGAUGAGGCGCCUGAGGGGGAGAGAGACUUCAAUUGUUGAAUCAUUUAAUAAAUGGAACAGUAGAGGAUAGUUAGUGAUUAUUAAAUAACUUGCAGUUGAGGCGCCUGAAAGUUGCCGCCGUGCUCCUGUGUCGGAGCUACUUUCCAUCCCCGUCCGUUCCCCCUUCACAAGAUGUCAGCUGAGCAAGUGGCCGGCUACUCGCCCAGCUUUAGGAAGCCGUCCGAGGUGCUGAGGUUGAGGAGGAAACGAGCCCGCAGCGCGGCCGGGCAGCUUCCAUCGGGCGGCUUCAGCUUGCCCGAGCAGCCGACCAUCGCCACGGUUUCCCCGGCCGACAAGGAUGAGCACGGCGGCCCGAGGCAGCGGCCGCAGCAGCAGCAGCAACAACAACAGCGUAAGAAGUGCAGGAGGAACCCGUUCGCCGAUGUCGCCAACACCCGCGGGCUGUCGGCGGAGAGUUCGUCUCCUGCAGCCGAGGAGAAGCCGCAGAGCGAAGGGGACCCUCAGGUGUCAUCUAAAGGAGGUGAAGAUUCCAUUUGGGAAGGAAAGUUUAUUUCCCACGAACUGCCAUUUCCUGUGCCAGUUAAAAAUUUACAGUACUCUGGAGCACUGCCUGAAUUCACUUCUUUGCCUGCAGACUUCCCUGCUGACUGGAGUGUCAAAACAUGGGUUCUUUUCACGUCCCCUCGUCCUUUUACUUGGACAGGUCAGCUAAAAGCAUCAGAAGAAGCCAAAGGAUUAAUUCAACACUGUCGUUCCUCAGUAGUUGAUUUCCCUUUGUACAUAGAGGAUCCAAUAUCGUGUACAGAUUUACGCUGUGCCUUCCAGCAGAAUCUUGUAUACUGGCUUCAUCCUUCGCUGCCAUGGCUAUCACUGUUCCCUCGUAUAGGUGCAGAACGGAAAAUGGCUGGCAAAAAUAAUCCAUGGGCACAAGAUGAAGAGCUCCAACAAGUGCUAAUGGGUGAAUGGUCACUCAGUUUUAGUUCUCUGUAUAAUUUAUUGCGAGCCAAACUUUGCCCUUAUUUCUACUUCUGCACAUAUCAAUUCACUGUGCUGUUCCGGGCAGCUGGAAUAGCAGGAAGUGAUGUCCCUACAGCUGUUAUUUCCCCAACGACAAGGGGUCUUCGAGAAGCCAUGAAAGAUGAAGGGAUUACAUUUUCCAUGCCCUUACUGGAAGAUGGUAGAAAUGGAGAGACCAAAAAAAGUGAGACUACAGAUGUGGGCACGCACAUUCCAAAUGUUGAAGCACAGGAGAAAAACUCAGAUGUUCAGAAAGAACAUGCUGGCAGUAGUGAAGAGGAUGACGACGAUGAUGAUGAUGGGGCCUCCUGGCUGAAAUAUAUGGGUGUACAGGACAACGUUCGAAAACUUAACUCUAUGUCCAUUAAACUUCGUAAGGAACACAACCUUGUGCAAAUGGACCAUAAGCCUGAAUCAGCUGUGCUAGUGAAAGGCCUGCACACAUUUACUUUGCUGAACUUCCUUAUGAACAAUAAGAGCAUAGUAGCUGUAGCUGGACCACAAGCAGGACUCCCACCUACACUUUUGGCACCUGUUGCAUUCAGAGGAGCCUCGAUGCAGACGUUAAAGGCAAGAAGUAUUAACAUAAAGGCACAUCAUCCCUCUGGGAUGAAGGAAUCUCACAGCCUUGAGAUCACUGGUCCUAUCAUGCCUCACACCAUCCACAGCCUGACACUGAUGCUGAAAUCGGCUCAGAAAGGAAACUUUGCAGCCAACUUUCACACGCAUGAACCAACAUCAGUGUUUAACAUACCCCUCAAACUGGAACAUCAGGAAGAUAAGGAUCACUCUUCAGGUGAGCUGUCUAAUUAUGGUCUACACCCAGAAACACUGACUCAACUAAUGCAACAGCCAACCAUUGGAAAAUCCUCCAUAAAGCAUAUAGAAAUGGACAACUAUAAAUAUACAUGGAAGUUGUGAUUGCUGAAAUUCAGUAGAUGCUAUGAUUUACUUUUAAAAAGUUUUAAGUAUUCACAUAUUGUAGAUGUUGAAUGAAAUGCAACUGAAUUCUGG